CUGUGCGCGGCCAGAUUGCCCAGCGGUAUUUCCAACAGAGACCAGAAUUGUCGUUUGUCCUCCGGAGCCCUGACUGCAUGACCUGGGCUAACCCUAAUUACCUCGCAAAGGUCCCAUUUCCAAAUAACAUCAAAUUGAGGAUUACCGCUGCAACAUACGAAUUUAGGGCCCAUAAUAAUGCUGGCUUCCUAGAAUGAGGAAGCUUUUGUGAAGGAAAAAAAGGUAGAUCUCAAGUCCAGAAAUUAUUCUUUGCAGAGGCCACCCUUGAUGAGACACCAGGAUCAGGAUUUCAAGAAAGAUACUAAGAGUGGUGGCCAUUUCCUGAAAGCUGCUGAAAUGACUAAGUUUCAGGGCAUAUUGUCAUUCAGUGAUGUGGCUGUAUAUUUCACCUGGGAAGAGUGGCAGCUACUGGACACUGCUCAGAAGAAUCUCUACCGGGAUGUGAUGUUGGAAAAUCAUAGCAACCUAAUGUCAUUGGGUUAUCAAGCUACCAAGCCAGAAGCCAUGGUCUACUUGGAAAAAGGAGACCUAUUUCCAAGUCAUUUUAGUCCAGAAGUAAUGUGGCAAAUUUAUGAUUGGUAUCAGGAAGACAUUGAGAAGGAUGAACCUGUGGAGACAGAUCAUGAACAUUUUGCAGUGGGAAAAAUAUUUUCUCUUAACAAAGUCUUCAUUCCAGUUGUAGAAAAACCCUAUAAAUGUAUCUCAAGAGAAAUAACUUUGAAACAAAAUUCACAUUUGAAACAAAAUUCAAAUUUUCAGAGUAAAAACUAUGCAGACAUGAACUCUGCUGAGUUAAAUGGUUCUGGGAAAUUGUUCUUCCAUACUUUACAUGAAACUUCUCACAUUCAUGCCCAGUACUAUGAACCAAAUUUACGUGUGAAGGUUUUCAGCCUGGGGACAAAUCCUAAAAAACAUCGCAGAAUUCACACAGAAGGGAAACAUUAUGAAUGCACUGAAUGUACAAAAUCUUUCAGGUAUAAGUCAAAGCUCAUAAUACACCAGAGAACUCAUACAGGAGAGAAACCCUAUGAAUGCAAAGAAUGUGGAAAAGCCUACAGCGAGAAGACAAAGCUCAGAUUACAUUGCAAAACGCACACGGGAGAGAAACCAUUUGAGUGUAGUGAUUGUGGGAAAGGUUUUAUGCAGAAGUCAAACCUGAUUAUCCAUCAACGAAUUCAUACAGGAGAUAAGCCCUAUGGAUGUAGAGAAUGUGGAAAGGCCUUUUGUGGUAAGUCUCAGCUUGUUGUUCACCAGCGAAUUCAUACAGGAGAAAAAUCCUAUGAAUGCAGAGAAUGUGGAAAAGUCUUCAAUAAAAACUCACACCUCAUAGCACAUCGGAGGAUUCACACAGGAGAGAAACGUUAUGCAUGCUGUGAAUGUGGAAAAGCUUUUGUAUAUGCAUCGCAGCUCAUUGUACAUGAGAGAAAUCAUACAGGGAGAAAACCUUAUGAAUGCAAGGAAUGUGGGAAAUCUUUUAACAAAAAAUCACACCUAAUAAGACAUCAGAGGAUUCACACGGGAGAGAAGCCAUAUGAAUGCAAUGAAUGUGGAAAAGCUUUUAUAGACAACUCACAUCUCAUUGUUCAUCGAAGAACUCACACAGGAGAGAAGCCUUAUGAAUGCAGGGAAUGUAGGAAAGCCUUUAAUAAAAAGUCAUCCCUCAUAACACAUCAGAGAAUUCAUACAGGGGAGAAGCCUUAUGAAUGCACUGAAUGUAGAAAAGCUUUUAUAGACAAGUCACAUCUCAUUGUCCAUCAGAGAACUCAUACAGGAGAGAAACCGUAUGAAUGCAGUGAAUGUGGGAAAGCUUUCAUAGACAACUCACAGCUUAUUGUUCAUCAAAGAACUCAUACAGGAGAGAAGCCUUUUGAAUGCAGGGAAUGUAGGAAAGCCUUCAGUUAUAAGUCAUCCUUUAUAGCACAUCAGAGAAUUCAUACAGGAGAGAGGCCUUAUGAAUGCACUGAAUGUAGAAAAGCUUUUAUAUACAAGUCACAUCUCGUUGUCCAUCAGAGAACUCAUACAGGAGAGAAACCCUAUGAAUGCAGUGAAUGUGGAAAAGCUUUUGUACGAAAGGCAGUGCUCAUCGUACAUCAGAGAACACAUACAAGGGAGAAACCCUUUGUCUGUCUUGAAUGCCAAAAAGCCUUUAGCAGCAUGUCAAUGCUUAGUACACAUCAGUUGAUUCAUACAGGAGAGAAACCACAUGGAUGCAAUGAAUGUGGAAAAGCUUUCCGCCAAAAAAGCCAUCUUAUUAUCCAUCAACGAUGCCAUACUGGUGAGAAACCCUAUGGAUGCAUUCCAUCUGGUCAGAUCUUCAGGGAGGAAUCAGCUCAUUAGACAUCAGAGAUGUCACAUAGGAAAGAAACCAUAUCAAUAUACUCAGUAUGAGAAAGCCUUUUUUGUGUGUGUGAAAUCAUACCUCAGUAUUCAUUAGAGAA